CUGCAGCAUUGUUCGGGCUUACUUGCCCAAUGCAUGAGGUGCCGCUCCUCAUACAAGGCAUAUUCCCCCUGCAAUUGGACGUGACAACAAGGCUUUCAGCUUAAUCAGGUUCAUUUCUAUCCAGCUGUGGUGAAGUUACAGAGCCAAUGGCAUACCCUUUGACAGACUGGAACACGGGCCUCUUUGACUGUUGUGAGGACACCAGCACCUGUUGCUAUGGUUUCUGGUGCUGCCCUUGUCUGGCCUGCACAGUUUCAGGGAGGUUUGGAGAGAACCGUUGUCUCCCAUUAUGUGACAUGCUCACCCCCGCUAUCACAGCCGCCUGCGGCCUGCCGCUGUGUGCGCCUCCUGCAGCGCUAGCUCUACGGGUCGGCAUUCGACACAGAUACGGUAUCAAGGGUUCCCUUUGUAACGACAUUGCGAGUUCCUGUUUCUGUGAGUGGUGCUCCUGGUGCCAGAUGCAACGUGAGUUAAAGUUUCGCAAGAAAAACAAUGUGGUCAUUGUCAACAUGCAGCCUCCUCCAGUCAUGAGUGUUCCUGCUGGUUUCAUGGCCCAACCAGGAGUUAGAUACUGAGCCUUUCAGCUUCUCAUUGGUCUGCUCUGUCUUGUGAACAACGUUUGAUUUAGCUCAGAUUAUCGGUGGUGUUGUGGUCCUUUAGUGUAAAAAAACAUUAUUUGUGUCUAGGUGUGGGAGACAGUGCUUGUUUUACCUUGCUUUAUGUUUUUCAGUAUUGUAAUAAUUUUUGAAUCAUGUCUCCUUGGCAUUAACGCAUGCGGGUUCAAUUUCAGUCCCAUAUUGCCACAAUAAUGAUAAUCAUGCCAAUUGGUAGAUAAGUUACUUUCCUGUUUCCUGAACAUUUCCAAAAAACUUUUCCCUUUCUCUCGGGUUCUAAUGAAGUUUACCCAAAUGGCUUUUGAAGGAUAUUUAAACCACUGUAGAUUUGUCUAACCAUGUGUAGAUUUUAUUUUUAUUUUGAAGUAUUUCUUUUUAAUCUACAUGCAGCAUUUAUUGCAUAAAAGUUAAAAAAAAGCAUUUUCUAGAAAAUUGAUUCUUUGUUUCUUCAAUCCUUACAUGAUUUUGUGACUUUCAAAUGAUUCUGUUGGUUUGUUUGUUAAAAAAAGUGAAGUGAAGUUUUUCCAUUUACCAGUUAACAUGUAAUACUGUGUUGACUGAGUUUCUUAACAUAACAAUAAAGAAUCAUAUUUUGUUUAAUUGCUUAUUAAAAA